AUGGAAGCCAGCCAAUCUUUAACACCUUCGCCUAUAUCAUCCGUCUCGGCGCCUGGGGAGCGAUCCGGGCAGCGCAUCAUGCCCCGCACUUCUUCAAUUGACUCUGCGAUAUCAUCUCUCUCUUCCGCCUCGCAGUCCCAUAAGUCUUCAUUUGAUCCUACGGCUUUGAGCCAAGCUGAUAUUGGGAAUCUCAUCGCCACCGCAGGGUCUGCCGAGGCAGUAAUCAUACAUCUUUUGAAGGAAAAGCAUCAUGCAGCAUCUCAGAAUUCACAACUUUGGAGACUGGUUGAUAAACAAAGAACACUUAUCCUUGGAUUAAAUAAAGAUCUUGAACGUGCUUUGAAAGAGAAAGAGCGAUAUAGGAAGAAGUUCAAGGAGUUGCAGAGCCCUGCGCCAAUUUUACCACCAAACAAUGGGCUUCACUUCCAGCAUAGAGCCAUCGAAAGUGAAGACAAAUCUCUUGGGCAGAGGAAUUCUGAGCAGGGGAAAUUGCAGUAUCAAGGUGUGUCACCACAGAGCCCCAAUUCUAUCGGGCGAAACCUAUCAUCUAGCACUAUCCGGUCGCAGAGCGUGGCUGUACAGGAUCUAUCGGAAAAUCUGAUGAAGUGUUCUACGGGUCAUACAGGCGGGCUGGACCAGCAAUUAGGCUCGCAACCUCACCCACCAUCAGUGUAUUCUCAACAAGAAUUAGCGGCUGCGAGCCCAAGUUCUUUGGCAAGCUCUAGCUCCCCUGUUAACGAUACUAUGCCAGGUGAAGAUAAACAGCAAAGAGUCCCACACCCUGUGCGCAAGCCUCCACCUGCGCCCUUGAAUCUCGUCCAAGGCGAACGCACUUUAUUGGGCAAUCCAGACAUCUACGACUCAGAAUCUGAGUAUGAAGAUAUUUUGGCAGUUGAUGAAUUACCCGUAGAACGGGGACGAAGAAAAACACGCGAUGACGAUGAUCGUGAACGUGAAGCUGCCCUGGCACGCGAAAAGAUUACGCUUAGUUCUUCGAGAAAUGAAUCUUCUCAUUCAACGAAGGCAGCUCCAAUCACUGAUUCAUCUGAAUAUUUAACAGCUCCUUUACGUCCUCGUAUGACUCUCGGCGAUCAUCCUGUCAUCAUGGCGCCGAAGAGCCCUGGCUUGCCUGUCAGCCCGAGGCCUGAAGAUCGCCCACCCAACUCCCCUUUGCCUCGGUUGCCCAGAGAUAUGACCAACAACAUGGCUUCCUUACCGAUAGCCUCAGAAAGUGGCCUUUCGGGUUUAGCUCUAUCACCUCAUGUCAGCAAGUAUCAGGCCCCCUUUAGCGCUACACGUUCACACAUGCCAGUCGACGUAGCCAGUCGAUCUAUCCCCUCGAUUGACGCCACUGUUAGAGCCGACAGUACUAGGUCCACAGUGUCAAACUCCAACAGUAUUUAUCGGGGAUUGGUUUCAGAAGACUACCCAGGCUUUCUAUUACCUCCAAAUGCUCUACCUUUGGUGCUAGUUAAGGUGUCGUCCUCACGACUUCGCCCCUCGCGAAACAGCUACUUAGCGUCUAGGCCUUCGGAAGAGGAGCCUGUUUUUACACUGAGCGUCCUUUCGCGUUCUGAAAACUUGGAGCUCUGGCGUGUUGAAAAGGUCAUUGCAGCACUCCCACAACUUGAUCAACAAGUAAAACAGUUAUCUAGCUACUGUGGGAAGCUACCAGACAGAUCCAUAUUCAGUGGACAUUCCCCAGCCAAGGUGGAUGCGAGGCGAGCCGCAUUAAAUGCAUACUUCGAAGCCCUUCUCGAUACACCAAUGGAUGAAAAAUCGGCUCUGGUCAUAUGCCAGUUCCUCACGUCCGAUGCUAUUGAGCCACGGGAUGAUGAAACCAGUUUGCUAAAAGGUAGUCAACACGUGAGCUCCGAAAUACUACGUGGUCCUGAUGGUAAACCCAGAAAAGAAGGCUAUUUAACAAAAAGAGGCAAGAAUUUUGGCGGUUGGAAGGCUCGGUACUUUAUCCUCCAUGGGCCCGAGUUGAAAUACCUUGAAUCGCCAGGUGGUCCUCACCUUGGAACUAUCAAAAUUUACAAUGCCCAGAUUGGCAAGCAGUCGCAGGGCACAAAUGGUCAAAAUAAUAGCCCGCCGGCACGAGCUGAAGAGGACUCCGACAAUCAAUAUCGCCACGCGUUUCUAAUUUUAGAACCCAAGAAAAAGGAUUCAUCGGCUCUUGUGCGACAUGUUCUGUGCGCGGAAAGCGACGAAGAGAGGGAUUCUUGGGUAGAGGCACUCUUGGAAUAUGUAGACGGGCAAUCCGAGAACGAAGCAUCGAAUAGUGGAUCCUCAAAGGGUCAGGUCUCUGGUACAUGCACUGCCAACACGACGGUUAACCCCAAAAUGCCCCCGAAUGGAAACAAGAACAACAGAACAACCGAUAGUUCGGAUCUUGAAGGCCUCGAUAUAGUUCAAGGAUUUAGUUACGAGGAUGCUAUCCCUGCCGAACCGCCUGUUUUCGGACCACCUUACGAACAACAGGCACUUAGGUCACCCACUUUUCCUCAAAUGUCGCCGGCAGACCCUACAGAUGCAACCCAAGCAACGAACCUGGUGCCGGACCCUGGCCAGCUCUCAUCUAGAAUCAUAUCUGGGCCCACAAAUGGAGCUAUUAUCCAAAACGCGGGAGCUUGGGGAAAUAAAUCGGCAACUAGUACCAAAGAAAAAAAACGUAGCAUCUGGGGAUUCCGCACGAGAUCGUCAGUCGACCUUGCCUCACAACUGCAAACCAGUUAUGACUCUCCAUCGGUUCAACCACAGAAUCUUACCUCAGGUGAAAGAAGGGACCUUGUCAGAUCAGUCUUCGGCAUCCCAUUGGCGGAGGCGGUGCAGUUCUGUGCGCCGCAGGGCAUCGACGUUGAUUUACCUGCUGUAGUCUACCGUUGCAUCGAGUACCUCAAGGCCAAAGGUGCAGAAUCAGAGGAAGGGAUAUUUCGAUUAAGUGGGUCAAACAUCGUCGUCAAGGCGCUCAAAGAAAGGUUCAAUACUGAAGGGGAUGUGGACUUCCUCGCCGGUGAUCAGUAUUACGAUGUACAUGCUGUGGCCUCCCUUUUCAAGCAAUAUCUGCGAGAGUUGCCCACGACUGUUCUCACUCGCGAACUUCAUAUCAAGUUUCUGCGUGUUCUUGAGCUUAAUGAAAGGCAGAAUAAGAUUGCGGCAUUCAACUCGCUUGUCCACAGACUUCCGAGACCAAACUUGGCUUUACUGCGAGCAUUGGUUCAGUUUUUGAUUAUUAUCGUGAACAACUCUGAUGUCAAUAAAAUGACGGUCAGAAAUGUUGGCAUAGUUUUUGCUCCAACACUAAACAUCCCAGCGCCUGUGUUCUCGAUGUUUCUUACUGAAUUUGAGCGAAUCUUUGAAGACAUUCUAGGAACGCGUUCAGACAUUGAGGAUCUCAUCAUAGAUAGUCCUACGUCUCCAGAAAUCUCUCAUUUUGCGCCAAGCCAGAUACUGACAGAGAUGCCGACUUUACAAACUCAAACAACUUUCCGUAAACAGGUGGAUCUUCGUGACCGUGAUGAAUGCAUAACACACCAAUCAAGCUAUGAUCAGUCAUCUCGCAACUUCCUGGAAAGUAAUAACGAGGAACAUACCACUCCACCUACAACGAGCAAGAUGUUGACACCAAAUCCUGAAACUUCGCGUUCCAUCAAAUCGAAAAGAAGAGAAAGUUCUCUACUUUUCAUGGAGGUUAAUCAUCUUAACUCUCCUUUUGCUUCCGCGCACGAUACUGAUGGUGAGUAA